UAACUUAACAACAGUGAUUAAAAUUGAAAAUGAAGGAGCGGUGAGAAGGAAGAAGAAAGGGAACUUGGUAGCUGGCUAACUAUUACUCCUCUGGUUUGAGUUUCGACUAUGGCUCCGUUAGAUCUUGAUAAAUACGUAGAAAUAGCGAGACACUGCAAAUACUUACCGGAAAAUGAUCUAAAGAGAUUAUGUGAUUAUGUUUGUGAUUUGCUGCUGGAAGAAUCAAAUGUUCAGCCAGUCUCUACUCCAGUUACUGUUUGUGGAGAUAUUCACGGUCAGUUUUAUGAUCUUUGCGAGCUUUUCAGAACUGGAGGCCAAGUUCCAGACACAAAUUACAUUUUCAUGGGAGAUUUUGUGGAUAGAGGAUAUUACAGCUUGGAGACAUUUACACACCUGCUGGCUUUAAAGGCAAAGUGGCCGGAUCGUAUCACACUUCUACGUGGAAACCAUGAAAGCAGACAAAUAACUCAAGUGUACGGCUUUUAUGAUGAGUGCCAAACAAAAUAUGGAAAUGCAAAUGCCUGGCGGUAUUGCACAAAAGUGUUUGACAUGCUGACCUGUGGCAGCUGUAAGUUCAUUCAUUGUACUUUCACAUUGUCUCAGUUGAUAGAUGAGCAGGUACUGUGCGUCCAUGGAGGUCUUUCACCAGACAUCAAGACUUUGGACCAGAUCCGCACCAUCGAACGCAACCAAGAAAUUCCCCACAAGGGGGCCUUCUGUGAUCUUGUGUGGUCAGACCCAGAAGAUGUGGACACCUGGGCUAUCAGUCCACGAGGUGCUGGCUGGCUGUUUGGUUCCAAGGUUACUAAUGAGUUUGUUCACAUCAACAAUUUGAAGCUCAUCUGCCGUGCGCAUCAGCUGGUUCAUGAAGGCUACAAGUUCAUGUUUGACGAGAAGCUAGUGACUGUGUGGUCAGCGCCAAACUACUGCUACCGCUGUGGAAACAUUGCAUCCAUCAUGGUCUUCAAGGAUGUGAACAGAAGAGAACCCAAGCUGUUCCGUGCUGUCCCUGACUCCGAGCGCGUCAUACCUCCUCGAACAACCACACCCUACUUCCUCUGAGUUGUCUCUGUUCUACCAUCUCUGCUCAUUAGAGAUCUCAACUCUCAAACUUAUUUAUAUGAAAUAUAUUUUAAGAAAGUAACAUCCCUCUCAGGGCUACAGCAUCUUGAGUAGAAAAGGGUUUCUUCUAAGGCUACAAUCUGUACCAUACUCACUUUGUUCUGUCAUAAAGGAAGAAAUCCUCUCAUACCCCCAAUGAGAAAAUUAUACUUUAAAAUUUCUUGAUAUUUUAAAUUUGUGUGAUGAAGAAAUGUUAAAUGGUUUAAUUUUGAUGUUCUGUAACCUUCUAAAGCAAAUAAAACAUUCAAACAAAGUGGUGCCAAUAAUGCAUAUUCAAAUAAAAUGAUAUGUAUAUUUCUUAAAGAAUGACUUGCAGACUUUUGAAAGACUAGUUUCUCCUCUUAGCAUGAUAAUUUUAUGAAUUAGGAAGCAAACUUGUUAAUAAUUGCUCCUGUUUAAACACCUCAGAUGCACAAACAGCUGCUGAGCCCUUCCUACAGCAUUGUGCCUUAAAUGCUGGUUUCAUGUUAAAAUGUCAUUUUUCAACCUUUUGUUAUCGCAGAUACUAUGUAUUUUUUUUGGCAAACAUCCACAAGGGUCUGUCUUAAAGUGGCAUUUUAUUUAGCAUUUUCUCAUCACUGUCUAUGGUAUGAUGAACGCUGUUGCAGCAGUGGCUUUUGUAUGAAAUAAUCAUUUUAAUUUGAAAAUUAAUUUUACAAUGAAAGUGCAUGUCCUUGAAGAGCUCAUCUCAGUAGUCGUAUUUGCAGUAGAGAACUGUUCAAUUUGAUGUUCCCCAUUUUUGUAAUUUGAAUAAAACAUUAUUCGUUGAA